AUGUGCACGCUAGAGAAGCGCGGCAAUCUCUUCAUCCUAACACUGACCGGCGACAGCGACGACGACCACCGUCUCAACCCGGCCUUACUCGCCACCAUCCUCUCCUCCCUCCGCGAAGCCAAAUCCCAGGCCACCAGAGGCUCGGUCCUCAUCACCACAUCCCAGGGCAAGUUCUUCUCCAACGGCUUCGAUCUGGGCUGGGCCCAAUCCGCCGGGUCCAGGCCCGAGUCCGCCAAGCGGCUCCACCAAAUGGUCCAAUCAUUCCAGCCCAUCGUCGCCGAGCUGAUCUCCCUCCCGAUGCCCACCAUCGCCGUCGUCCAGGGCCACGCGGCCGCGGCCGGGUUCGCCCUCGCGCUGUGCCACGACUACGUGUUGAUGAGGAGCGAUAAGGGGGUUCUGUACAUGAGCGAGGUGGACUUGGGGCUUCCGCUGCCGGAGUAUUUCGGUGUGUUGUUUAGGGCGAAGGUGGGGUCGGUUUCGGCCCGGCGGGACGUGCUUUUGGGAGGAAUGAAGAUUAGGGGAGCGGAGGCGGUGAGGCUGGGGAUUGUGGAUGGAGCGCAUGAGGGAGAGGAGGAGGUGAAGGAGGCUGGGAUGCGGCUGGGGGAGGAGUUGGGGAACCGGAAGUUGGACGGCGGGGUUUACGGAGAGAUGAGGAAGGGUUUGUAUCCGGAGCUGUGUGGCGUUUUGGGAUUGCAAGUGGGCAAACCAGUGUUGCCCACCCUCUAG